CGUCAAAGUUAAGAAUGGUUUGAGAAAAUCCUAAAUCAAGAAUGAGCCCUCAACAACAAAUCCAUGGAAAAAGGGAUAAUCAGAUCAAUAACAAUGGGAAUAAACCAAUAUUGUGUCCACCGCCAUUGAAGAUCAAUAAGGAUUCUCAUUUGAUUCGAAAAACUUCCUCUUCUUCAAAUAAUACUACUUCUUCCCCUUCUUCCUCUUCAUCUUCCACCACCUCUCUUGUCAAUGGGGUCGCUGCUGCUGCUGCUGCUGCUGCGAAGCCACUUCAACGACAUCCGGUGAUUAUAUACACACAUUCUCCCAAAGUCAUUCACACGCAUCCUCGAGAUUUCAUGGCGUUGGUUCAAAAGCUAACCGGAAUGUCUCGAUCAGAUGAUCAUGAAGCUUCUACGAAGCUGGCUACAACGAAACCCGUCGUGGAUGAGAAUAAUAAUAACAACAAAGGUUCUAAAGCUGUUGUGAGUGAUGAUAAUGAAUCGUCGUCCGUUGUGACAACGGAUGAAAAUUGUUGCGGCGGCGGCGGUGGAAGCGGUAUGAUGGAAGUUGGUCAGGUUAACUCAUGUUUUGGUCCGGUGAUUUUUGAGCCACCGCCUCCGCCGCCGUCGCCACCUCCGCCACAACUGGCGAAUUCUUACCUAACGAAUAUUCCCAUUUAUACGCCGAAUUCGAUGGAGUUCUUGUGCGCGAAUCAACCAAUUUUUAACUAUGAUGAUUCUUUGCUUUUUGGUGGCAACAGAGUUGUUAAUGAUUUCUGCGAAUAUAGUGAACUUUAGGAUAAAUUUUUUCUUUGAAUUUUAAAUAGUUGAGUUCGGGGAGGGAUUAAUUAUUUCAUUCAAUUUGAUUAAUGUCCCGUAGGGAAGAAAUUAAUUAAUAAUAAUAAUCUGGAAUUGAGUUUCAGUAA